AUGUUGAACACAACUGUAAUUAGAAACCAUCAAAUUGUAAAACACAUUAAUAUUUUCAUCAACAACACCUACAUAUGUUAUAAACACACCAAUAUAGACUACUCCAAAGUACCCAUAUUAAGAGAAUCAGAACUAGAUGAGCAACAUGUAAGAGGAGCUGGCCCAGGAGGACAAGCCACAAACAAAACAUCAAAUUGUGUUGUCCUCAAACAUCUACCCACUGGAAUUGUUGUCAAAAGCCACCAGAGUCGUUCAUUGGAUCAAAAUAGGAAACUCGCAAGGAAUAUUUUGAUUACAAAAUUAGAUAACCUAAUAAAUAAAGAAGACAGUGUCCAAGCACAAAUGGACAAAAUUAAUGGUAAGAAGAGUAAUGAAAUGGAUAGACGUCGUCGAAAACUUGGCGAAUUAAAGGAGAAGUGGAAGGAACGUGAAAAAGAAAACGUAGAUGUAGUUAAAUAAAUAAUAAAUGCAUAAUAAAUGGAUUUGUUGGGUAUAAAGUUAUGUACAUUAUGAAGUAGUAAAAAUUAUGUAGUUGACUUAA